GUUGUUGCCUCGGGAUCCAUGUUUCUAACAAGGUUUCGUCCGGCAAAUUUUGCAAAAUGCGUCCGCAAGUUCGACCGUUGAUAACAUUUUCCCGGGAAAAUCUUCAACAUAAAUUCAAAUCCUACAUUCAAUUCAAAAACAAACCCGUAAUAAAACCAAUCUCUUUUUACUCAAUCAUAUCUCACGAAAUCCAAAAUCCUUACGUUAACCCCAUUAACAAUUUCCUCAGCAGAAUCAGAAACGUUCAGUUUGUUCAUUCACUGCCUGAUUCUGGUUCACACACUAAGUCUCAACAAUGCCCAGAUGAUAUGAUCGUGUCAAAAGUCCAGAACAUUCUAAAGAAUCAUGGAACUAGCUCAGAACAAGAGAUUGAGAAUGCUCUAGCUCAGUGUGAGCUUAAACUGAGUGAUGAUUUGGUUGUAAGUGUAGUCAAUUUAAACCGUUUUGAUUGGAAGCUGGUUUACUUUUUUUUAAGGUGGGUCUCUAGAAGAAGUGAUUAUUCACCUGGAUGUAAUGUUUACAAUGAGAUGCUUGAUAUCCUGGGGAGAAGCCGGCGUUUUGAGGAGUUGACCCAAGUGUUUGAUGAAAUGUCUCGCAGAGAGGGAUAUAUGAAUGAUAGGACAUUUGGAAUCCUGCUUCAUAGAUACGCCGGUGCACAUAAAGUAGAGGAAGUAAUUGGUAUCUUUAAUAAGAGGAAAGAAUUUGGGUUCGAAGAUGAUCUGUUUGCUUUUCAGAUUCUUUUGACGUGGUUGUGUAGAUAUAAGCAUGUGGAGGAUGCAGAGACGUUUUUCGAGUUGAAGAAGAAAGAGUUUGGUUCUGAUAUAAAGUCAAGGAAUAUUAUUCUCAAUGGUUGGUGUGUAUUGGGUAAUGUAUAUGAGGCCAAAAGAUUUUGGAAGGAUAUUAUUGCGUCUAAAUGUGAGCCAGAUUUGUUUACUUAUGGAACUUUCAUAAAUGCUCUCACAAAGAAAGGGAAAUUGGGUUCAGCAAUGAGGCUGUUUCGAGCAAUGUGGGAGAAAGGGUGCAAACCAGAUGUGGCUAUCUGCAGUUGUGUCAUUGAUGCACUUUGUUUCAAGAAGCGGAUUCCAGAAGCUUUGGAAGUCUUCAGGGAGAUGAAUGAGCGCGGUUGUCUCCCAAAUGUCUCCACAUACAACUCUCUUAUCAAGCAUCUAUGCAAGAUUCGGAGGAUGGAAAAAGUGUACGAGCUUUUGGAUGAAAUGGAACUGAAGAAAGGAAGUUGCUUGCCUAAUGAAAGAACUUAUAAUUACUUGCUCAAGUCCUUGAAGAGACCUGAAGAAGUUUCUGGGGUUUUGGAGAGGAUGGUGAGAAAUGGAUGUGAGAUGAGUAGUGACAUUUACAAUCUGAUUCUAAAGCUGUAUAUGAACUGGGAUUAUGAAGAAAAAGUAAAAUAUUUUUGGGAUGAGAUGGCGAAGAAGGGGUUGGGACCCGACCAGAGAUCUUAUACUAUUAUGGUUCACGGGCUCUAUGAUAAAGGAAGGUUAGAGGAGUCUUUAUCUUAUUUUCAUGAGAUGACAUCAAAGGGAAUGGUGCCCGAGCCAAGAACUGAGAUAUUGGUGAAUGCCACGAACAUCAAGUAGAAAGAGAGAAAAGCAAGGCAUGAGAAAGCGGGUGUAGCAGGCCUUUGCUUAAAAGAAAAAGGAAGAUAUAAACUAGAUAAUACUGCUUUGAGGUAGUGUUACCUUCACUAAGAAAAUUAUUGAAGCAGCAUGAUUCAAAAUAUUGCAGUCUCUGGACUUAUGAUUCGUAAACAUUGUUAGAUGAAUAGAUGUCAUGUUAUGGUGUUGCCAAAUUCUUGGAACACUGGAAAUUGAUUUAUGUAGUAGACUUGAAGUGGAGAUAGUAUUUUCUUCGCAUUUUUGACAAUCUAUUUUGGUCUUGAAAAAUACUAAUAAUUUAAGAAUUAUAGUUUCCUAGUAA